CCCGCCCGCCCCCGCCCCCUCCCUCUCCUCCUCUUCCUUCUCUCCCCCCUACCACCACCUCUCUCCCAACCACCUCCUCGACCCUUCCGCAGGUGAAUCAGCCCACCCCGCCCCCCACCGCCCUCUAUCACGAACCCUCUCCUCCGCUCUUCUCUCUAGUCCCCGCUGCCCCGCACGUUGCCCUCAUGGAUCCCCCAUCUGCCGCCUCAAAUGCACCCGCAAAGACGCCCGUACACAGAGGUGCCCGCGCGUGCAUGGUCUGUAGGCAGGCAAAGAUGAAAUGUGUCGGCGCCGAGGACGGCACCCAGCGAUGCCAGCGCUGCCAGAGGGCCGGUGUUGACUGUGUCUUUGAGAAGCACCGUCGUGGCCGCAAGCCAGGCUCAAAACUAUCCGAGGCCUCCAAGAUGCUCCGUCGCCUCGAAAAGGGCCUCAACAACGCAAAGGCAAAGCAGCCCGUCAACUCCCCGCACUCGCAGAACUCCCCCUCUGCCCAGUACGGCCAAGAGGAUGGCGCCGGUCCAUCUAACUUUCAGGGCUCAUCUUCCCAACAGUACGACGACGACAUGGAUGAUGAGGAGGAGGACCACACAGAGGAAGCCCUCUACCCUGAGAAGGUUAUAAACGCCUCCCACAAGUCCUCCUUCCUCGACAUCGUCAUGAACCCCGAGCCUGCGACGACCUCUACCACUGAGUCCCGUCCGCGCUCGGGCGCCUCAGGGGACCGCGCGAACUCCUUGCCCAAGGUGGCUCAGAGUCCUACCCGCUCUCACGGCUCCCCUCAGCCGAAGCCCUACAGCGGCCUCUUCAACGGCUACGUUCCCAAAGACCCCAUUGCCGCCGGCAUCAUCGACGAGGCCGACGUUAGCCAGUUCUUCGACAUGUUCUUCUUGCGGCUCAACCCUUUCAUCAAUCUGUUCGACCCCGCCCUCCACUCGCCCGACUACGUCCGCAGCCAUUCGCCGUUCCUCUUCACGGCCAUGCUGAUGGCGUGCUGUAAGUUCUUCAACCACAACAACUACCAUGCCGUCAGACGUCUUGCCGAGGAGUGGUGCGUCUUCACCUUUGCCGAGGGCACCGAGUCCGUGGAGACCGUGCAGGCCCUCGCCUGCAUGACCUACUGGAAGGAGCCGACCGACCGCCGGACAUGGUCAUACAUCGGCAUGGCCUGCCGCAUGGCCGUGAACCUCCGUUUGAACAAGUACGUCGGCAAGCGCCAGCCCUCCGAGACGCAGCUGCAUUUCUUCGAGCGUCGCAACCGGGAGCGCACCUACCUCGUGCUCUUCGUCCACGACCGCAGCCUCAGCAUGCAGACCGGUAAGCACUGGAUGCUCCACGAGGACGAGUUCGUCCGCAACUCCGCGACCUGGCACGAGGACGGCUGCUCCGGCGCCGUCAGUGAAGUGCGCCCCGAGGAUGUCAUCGUAGCGGCGUUCGUGCAGCUUCGCCUCACCGGCUCAGAAGCUACCGACUCGUUCUACAACCGUACGACGCUCCCGUCGCCCACCUUCUCCGCGUUCAACCACGAUUUGAACAAGCACAACUCGAAGCUCGACUUGUGGUCCGAGAAAUGGGAGCAUGAGUUGCGCCGCUCCCCGCAAACCGGCGAGUUCCACAUCGCGUUCAUUCGGUUCUUCCAGUCGCAUGUUCGCCUCUUCCUGAACACGUUCGGCCUCAACCUGGCGAGCGCUGAUACCCACGUCCUGCCCGACCCCGAGGCCGUUCAACAAUGCCACCGCGCUGCGUGCACAAACUUGCAGAUCAUCACAGAGUUCGACAAGUUCCAUGUGCUGCCGUACUGCCAGGAGAGCAUUAACAUCAUGACGGCUUACGCAGCAAUCGUGCUUCUUAGGCUUCUUCGCGUCGCGAGCGCGACGACGCACGAUGAUAGGACUGCCGAGCAGAUUCACGGCAUUGUGAUCAGUGCCGCCGAUGCCUACCAACACGCACACAUCCCCGGCUCGGACAUCGAUUCGGCCGCUUACCACUCUCGCUUCCUCCGUCGCCUUGUGGCUGAGGACGUAGAGAAGGCGCGCCACCAACUCGAUCGCAGCGUCUUCCGACAGGGAGAGAUCCCGCCUUUGUUCGCACCAGCCCUCCCACCGUUGCGUACGGCGCAGUCAUCCAGUGCGCAACACAUGCCGCAGCAGGACUUCUACUCGCUCCCGCGCCCCGGCCCUUCGCACGGGCACUCGGCUGCACCAUUGCCCCCGCUGUCGAUGCUCGAACCCCCGAGCCACCAUAUGUCCGGCUUCCCCCCGCACAACAGCAGCCCCCUAGACGUUCGCGGAAACGGCGUGCUGCACAACGGCACCCGCGCUCCGCCAACAUACCCCCAAGUGCAGUCUGUGACGGAAUCGGACGACCACUACUGGGCCUACAUGCACCAUGAGGUUGCCGAAUUCCCGCGCGCGGACGUCACAGCAGCAAAUGUCGGGUUCGCAGGCAACCCCUUCAACAGCUACGCAUCGUCGAGCCAGCACCGCGAGCCACAGUUCUCCUCUGGUUUCGGCGGGUACCCUCACAGCCGUUCGGGCCCCGCCUCGCACGCCCACUACCUCCCGCCCAUGCCGUCGUUCGGAAACGCCGCCUACGAUACCUCCCGCUGAGCUGCUGUUGUUGAUCUCGCCUCUCCGUGUCCCCCGCCUGCCCCUCUGGACUCUUCGAGUCUCGCUUCUUGGUCGGACGGUCCCCUCGUCUUCGUCCUCGCCCCGCGCCCGUCUUCGCCUCGCUUUGUAGGAAUGUAAUCUCGCACGCGCCACCCGCUGUACCCUAGCCCCUCCUCUUCGCCCCCGUGCCAUGCCGUGAUGGUUUCUCCGCCCCCGCCCGCCGAACACGUCC